AUGUCCAAGCCUAUCAUCCUAUGGCGCGCAAACGCUGAGACAGCGACGGACGACGCGUGCACGACUAUCAUCAAGUCCACGUUACCUCCUGUGCCCCCUCGCGGCGACUAUGAAUCAUCGAUCCCCGUUGCUCGAACCAACGCGGUCCCCUCCUUGACGUACUAUGUCAUCAAGCAACUGGUCGACUACCCAGACCAAGUGAACUGCUUAGGCUCGCGUAGACUGCUCGCAGGAGGACGCUCAUCUGCGACUUACAAUGCUCUACGCGCGUUAAUUCCAGGCUUCGACCCGGAGCAACCAGACAGGACUUUCGACUUGCGCCAGGUUGAUCCACGGCUUUGGGCGGUUCUGACACAGGUCUACUCCGACUUACCUGCGUAUCUACGUACCUAUGAGAUACCCCUAUCCGAUCCGCAUAUACCACUCCUGCAAACCAUCCCAGCCACGCCGGAUUACACCGCCAUCACCGUGUUGGAGCUGCCCGGGUGUAAGGAGCUCGCAGACGACACGAUCGCGAACCUCAAGGCAUUGCACGCACUCUGCGCUCUAGAUGCGAGCAGCACACAACUCAGUGCGUACGGUAUCAUGUCUCUGGCUGGCACGUUGGUCGCGGAUGCGGGAUUCUCGAUUUCUCCCGGCAGAGGCCCUUGGGGAUUGCGCGUUCUCUUGCUUCGCAAAUGCAAACGAAUGGAUCACACGGUCUACUCAUACCUGAACAGUUUCCCUCUGCUCGCUGUCGUUGACCUGCGUGGCACAUCUUGCUCCGGGCGGAGAUCAUUGCUGCCGGAUUUGUUCCAAACGUGCACCGAUCAGGUUCUCUGCUCGUUGUGCUCGCCAUUCUCCAUUCUCGACCAUCUUAGCUCCCCGGCACUCUUUCCACAUCCGAACCCGCACAUACUUCACGUGAACUCCCUGCACCAUCGUCGGGCCGCAUCUGCCUCCCGACCACUAGUCAGUGUCACACCUCAAGACACUUUCGUCGUGAUGUCCUCUGUCUCCAACAAACUCAAAGUAGGCAACGCCGAGGUCAUGCACGAGCAAGCCCGCCGAUUGGAUGACGAGAUGAAGCGGGAAGCGAACGCCCAAGCCAAAUACGAACGGAUCGUGUACAUGGAGGGACGUAAAGCAUCGGACUACUGCGGCGAGUCAGGAUGCAACUGCAGCGAGUCCUCCGACUUGAGCGAUUAUCCGGAUUUCGCUUGGUUGGAUGAGGUAGGACCGCCUCCCGAGUCGGAUCCCGGGAUGGGUACCCCGCCAAUCACGAGUCGAUAUCUCCCAGCCAAUCGACGUCAUACACCUCUCUCUACUGCAGAGAAUGAGAGGAAUUCAGGCCCUGCGCCGAGUUUCCGAGAUUCGCGACCACCACUGCGACCACCCCGACGUACGGCGGUGAACACAGACCAACAUCCAAAUUCUGCAGCUAGUACUUUGCGACCACGAUCCGAAGCUCUUGCUCGUCCUCCGCGGGAGUUGGCAGUGCCCACAUCCACAUUCUACAACAAUGCACGCCCACAACCUAGGCCGUCUCUGCCGAGCGCGUCCUCCCUCCCUCCGUGGGCCGGCGCUCCCACCGAAGGCGUGCUGCUCUACCGCGACCCGCCAACUUACAGUAUUCUCGACUCCAUACGCGCGGAGGCUGCCUCGCGGGCUAGCAACAAAGGCAAAAGGAAACUUGCGGUGGAGGAUGGAGUACAGCGCGUUGACCGCGGAGCGCGGGCGAAGGAAGUGAUGGGAAUCUGGGGCAUGGUCGAUAAGCGAAGGAAGACGGAGAACCGGGUCGCGAGAACGGUGUCGGAUGCUACGCCCAUGGGCGGCUCGAAGAACCCCUUUCGACGAAAGGAACCACCCAUGCCUGCGCCUGUCUUCGCUUCAGGGAAGGAUCUCGAGGAUCGGUCUCGGAAUGGUACCUCGGCGUCAAUCUCCACGUGCGCGGUUGACGAUGAGAUCGAGGACGCAGACAGCAUGCUCUUGGAUCCGUCACCCGCUGCUCCUCCAAGACAGCCAGACCCAACAGACGAGGAGCCUGCCGGUGACAAACGUCUACGUCGAAUAUCGACUUUAUCCAUUCCUGUCCUACCUUCUCAUUUGAUCCGUCCUGGCUCCACAACGGAGUCUUUCGCAAGACGUACUUCCCCCGAGCCGAAGGCCUUGUCGCAAGCGAAGCUCGAUUUCAAGGAGAAUCUUGCCAGUAGCAAUGCGUCCGAUAAGCCUAAAGCAUUACGACCUUCUUCAUCGUUCGGGAAUGUGAAGUCAGCCAAGGCCAAGGAUAUGCCGAAAGCAGGAGGAACUCGGACACGUAUUCCGAGCGACAAUAAAGCUCGACCUACCCUCUCAAAGGGCUUCUUCGACUUGAAGAGCUGGGCGAGGAAAUGA